GUGGCUGUAGUGGUUACCGACGGGCAUUCGCAGGACAAUCCAGCACCAGCAGGCAGAUGCUCUACGAGCAGCCGCAACCAGUUGAAGAAAGUUUUCUACCGCUUUUCUAUCGCAGGAGUCACCAUUCUAACGUUGGGCAUCGGAGAUCACAUCAAUCGUGACGAAAUUGUUCGAAUAAGUGGCAACGACGAACUGGCGUUCCAGGUGUGGAUGGGAGCAGAAAUUAUAUGUGGGCCGGAUUUCGUACAAGUAGGAAUUUCAACCACAAAGAAAUUGAAGGGACGACUCUUCUUCGAAGGCUUCCACCAAGAACCUGGGUGCUCGUCUGUAGAAGACAACUCCAACAAAAACCAAGACGACUCACGAUUCGAUGUUCGCACCAUCGCUCCGCAUGGAAAGUGUGGCCUGAUAAUAACUUUCGAUCGGCGAUUCGCAACCGCUAACGAUCAUUCGUUCGAGAUCCGAUGUUUCUAUCCGGACAAGACGAAGACGGCAAAAAAUCCCAAAAGAGCACAGGGAGUUACCACGUUGGUCACUGAGGCCGUUCUGAGCGGAAGCAAGGAACCCUCUUUGGAGUUGACACAAGCGAUGAAAUGUCGCUAUGUUGUCACGCCUCAUCCCGAUCAGUGCUCUUCAAGCGCUAUCACCGUUGGAACACCACUAGUGCAUACAUGGAGCUGUGAUCAAGAUCAUCCACGUUUUCUGGUACAUUCCUGCUUCAUCGCCGAUCCUGUCUCACACCGUAUAGAAAUGCUCAUUGAUCACCACGGGUGA